AUGGGUCGAUCUGGAGACGCUGACUAUGGCGAGGAGGUGCUUAUCGACGACGAAAAAGGAAAAGCAGAAACAGAAGAAGAGAAUUUCGAAUGGCGCGAUGAAGCAGUUCCUCCCGUGACGCCUCCCCGCAAGGUGCGAUUGAAGAGCGACCGUGACAACAAUGCGAACAACAGUACCACAAGCAGUAGCAGUAGAUCCAAACGCAGCACCCUAAAGCGUCGUCAUUCCUCUUAUCAUGCCACCACCACCACCACGAGUAUUCAUACUACGAGUAGCCUGAGUGAGGAAGAAGAAGAAGAAGAGGACACGCCAAGGACAAGAUCCCCGCCACCACGUCCUCACAAGAAGAAGAAAAAGAUGCACUACAGCGAUGACGAAGAUGAUGAUGAAGAGGGACAAGAAGAAGACGAUGAACAGCCCGAAGUGGAGUCGACCGAAGAUAUGGACAGCGAUGACGAUGGAGAAAUUUCCGAGGCGAGUGCGGAAAUCAUUCUGCCCAAAAAACAACUCGUCUAUACCACCGGUUGCUCCUUUCUAGAGAGUCUUCCAUUGCCCGUCAUGACUCCGCCGAAAAAGAACAAAAACAAAAACAAAUCUGGUCACAACAGCACCCACAAAAAGCCAGAGACCAAAAAGAAUGACAACAACAACGGCAAAGAAGAAGAAGAUGAAGACUCGUUUGUCUCGGCCCGAGAAUACGAAUCCUCAAAAGACGACAGUUCCAUUGUGUCACAAGAAGAAGAAGACGACGAUGAUGAUCCCGAUUGGAGGAGCCGUCGAACCACCACCAUCACCCGACGCACCAAGAAACGCAAAACAACACCCAUCAAAGACACUUCUCUUCCCAAACGUCGUAGUCUGACACCUCGUCGUCGGCGGCGUCGACAGAAACGCACUCCCAACAACAAAGAGGUGCGUUCCCGAAGCCGCUCCAAAACACGACACAUUAGCAGCAGCAGCGAGGAAGACGAAUCUACGACGACCAGUAGUCGCAACAAGAAGAAACAGACUAGUACCAGUAGUCACAACAAGAAACAAAACACCAACCACAAUAAGAAACACAACUUGACGUCGGCCAAAAAGAAGAAACCCAAAGCCACGUCCGAGGAAGAAGACGACGAACAGGAAUUCUUUGGACAAGUACAACGAGAGGCACAAAUGCUACUACUCGAGGAGGAAGAAAAAGCUGCUGCUGCCUCCAAUAAUACUAACAACAGUGACGAGGAAGACAGUAAGACGUCGAGUGUGAGCAGCAGUGAUCAGGAAGCCAAGGACGAUGAUGACAUGGAUGUAGUCCCCGAUACUAGUCACGGCGACAACGACACGGAGCAACAAACCGAAACGACCACCACCACCUUGCUACAGUCAGAGGGUGUCGUCCCCACUGUCGAUCAUUCCGACGUGGAAGAACAACGUGAGGUGGAACAAAGUGAGGAGGAAAACAACAAACCGGUCGACCAAAACGACACCGAACAAGCAAGUUUCGAUGAUGACGACAACAGCAACCGCAACAAUCACACCGUUUUGGAGGAACAGCAGCAGCAACAACAGGGAAUGGAAGCUGCCGUCCAAACCCAUGACGAGCCAGAGCAGGAAGAAAUGGUUGCCAUGGUGGCGCAAGAGAACGACGACGACGACGACAACCGUUACACUACUUUGGCCGACCAGGAAAUGGAGGAACCAGAACAGGUGGCUACUACUGUUGAUGCCAACGCGGAGCAACCACAUCAUCAGCCGACCGAGGACGCAUCAAAGAUUGCCGUCGAACCUCGCACCGCCGUUGAAGUGGAACAUGAAGAAGUCGCCACGGAAGCAAACCGCAGCAACAACAACAACAAUAGUGGCACCACUUUGGCCGACGAGGAAAUGGAGGCGCCAGAACAGCUGCCUACUGCUGAUGCUAACGCGGAGCAACAGCUGACCGAGGAGUCAAACACAACCAUGGAAUCUGCCGUUGAGGUGGAACACGAAGUAACGACACAAGUCGCCACGGAAACAAACCACAACAUCGCUGUACAAGAGAACGACAACAACAACAGUGGCACUACUUUGGCCGAUCGCAACCAGGAAAUGGAGGAGCCAGAACGGGUGACUGCUACUCCUGAUACCGACGCGGAGCAUCAGCCGACCGAAGAGUCUACAGCGGAACCUUCCACCGCCGUUGAGGAGGAGGAACACGAAGAAACGACGCAAGUCGCCAUGGAAACAAACCACAACAACAAUGUUAUUGCUGGCGAGGAAGAAGACGAGGCGGAACAUCCACCGCAACUCGUCAAUACUACCACUGUCAUUGUUGUUCCAGCAGCACAACAAGACACCGCGAGCAUCUUCCGCGGGGAUGACACUAACAGUCACAGCGAGCAAGAAUCCUCCACCACCAAGACGGUCGACGACGACGAUGAUACUCCAGAGGAAAUGGAUGGGAUCCAACGCACUGGCAGUAGCGGUGACUCGAGCAGUAUUAGCAGUCUUCGUAGUACGGCCGAAGAGGGCAAGACUUCCGGCGAAGAAUCGGCACAGGAACAAAAUACCACCGCCACCAACCAAGAGGCAGUCGUCGACGUGCAACCCCAAACUGAAGAAGGCAACAACAAUGACGUGGUGACGGCUGCAGCUGUGGUUCCUGACCAAGAGGAACCAAAACGAGCAUCCACCGCUCCUGUAGAUGACAAAAAGGAGGCCCCCCAAAACAAUGGCAAGAACCACGCUCCGCCAGUGGCAGCAGUAUCCCCUGCGCAAGGAGAUAACAACAUCAACAGCAACGCGGGCGAAUUGGCUGCCUCUGCAACAACGCGCAAAGCUGCUGCUGCUGAGCGAGCUAGUAGCAAGGCUGUCCCUGUUACUCCGCUCCGUCCAGUCAAGAAAAUGAUGACUCCUCCUGAUGUCCUUCCAGCAGCUGCUGAUGCUGCCGCCGCCCAUGCUGAUGCUGCCGUCGUCGCCCCUGCUGCUGCUGCUGCUGCUGCCCCUCGAUGCCCUUGUUGUCGCUUGGGUGAAAAUGUUCGAAAUUCUUUCGAAUCGCUUGCCGAGUGGAUGAUGGACAAUGGCAACACAGAUAUGCUACACAAUGAGUUCAUCAACCACAGUGGUGAACCCAAUGAUGGAGAUGGAGUCGAGCCAGCCACCAGAGCAAGAUCCUUGUGUGAUCAGUGCAAAUCACUCUGGGACACUCUGGCUGAAGAUUAUUGUACCCGCCGAGAGAGCGAGUUAGUGGCCCCCUUGAACAAAGACAUGUUUCCAGAAGAAAUCUUCAAAAUGGGUGGGGUGAACACAGAGUUCAUGGAUACUUUCAUCAACCUCAAACGAAAAGUCACUGAGACAAAGGCUCGUUUCAAAGACUUUGGGCGGAUCCCAGCUACCAAUGGACGAGGCAAGUUUCAAUACUUGGUGGGAGACAAGUCAGCCUCGCAAAAGCGUUGGAACUGGCAGGAUUCCAAACUUCUGGAGCAAGCACCGCUGGAAACGGAAACACUGGAGCAGUUUGCUUUGGACUUUGUGGCUGCCCAGCUUCCACUGGGCCGCAAUGGCUAUCGGAUUGAUCCUGGGUUUGUAAUGACCCAAAAGGCCAUGGUACAAGGGCCUCACCGUGACUACCAUGGCUACGGUGACUUGUACACUCACCGCAGGGGUGAGGAUGUUGAAGGCAAGCCACCAAAAGACGAAGACCGUACUGCCCUGGACAAGCCCGAAACUCGGUUCCUGCCCUGGAUUCUUCAUUGUCCAAUUGUCAAGGAAGGGAUGGAACUGAAUUACUGGCCCGAUGGCCGCAAGUCUGAGCCACCAAUCCGCGUUCACAUCCCUUUUGGCACCUUCUUGGCAAUUCGAGUUGAUGCUGUCCAUGGCGGCAUUUUUGGCACACCAGGCAACAUUCGCCUGCACAUAGCCUACUCCCCCAAGGAGGACGCCAUUCUGAAAAAGGGUGCAGAGUGGAAGAAACAGGGGGAUUACUUGCCGGACGCUGUCAUCCGGUACCAUGCUGAUUUGGGGGCCCCAGAGGCCGGUCAGUUCCAGCGCCGCCUGGAUCUGCUAAGGCAGGACAUCAUAGAUUACUGUGAUCCUGCUGGCGUUGACGACUGCAUCUCCAACCUCCCCAUCACCUACGCAGAGCCUGGGUUUCUCCAGAAGAUGCUCAAUCUGCGCUCUGUUUUCAGGUUGGAGAUGUUUGAAAACGUCCGGCAGAGGUGA